AUGGGGACAGCAGUGAACUCGAAUUCUUGGGUGCCAUCAUCCGGCAUCGAGCUGUCAGAAGCUGGCCUAUCAUUUCAAUACUAUUGCGACUGUCUGAUCAACCUGGGCGGUGGCGAGAAUGGCCUCGGAAGACCACUGCGGCAAAUUCGACCCCUAGUGUCUGGAUCAGUGCCUCUGCAGUAUGCCAUUAUGUUCUUGGUGGCACAACACCGCCAGUAUCCGCGCGAAAAGCGCCUAAAUUUCAAAGGUCGUGCGCUUACCGCGUUCCGUAAAGAUCUAAGCAGGGCAGAUGAUGUUGUCAAGCUGGGAGUGAUUCUCAUUCUAUUAUUCGCCGAGGCGGUCGACAGUGGCAUAGGACCAUGGCGAAUACACUUACUUGCGGUAAGGGGGAUAAUGGAAGCGCAACACUCGAUGAAGUCGUUGAAAAAGCCUUGGAACUCCAUUGAGAUAGACCUUUAUCUUCAGUUUUACUGGUGGGACACCAUAGGCGCUUUGCUUUCGAUGCAAAAACCGGUAUUGCCACCCAAGGCGCUUGAGGCUCUAUUGGACCAGGGGAAGCCAAAAGGAAGCCGCUAUGAGGAUUGUCAACACGAGCAACUAUUGCCGUGUUCAAAAGCGAUGUUCCUUAGGCUAGUAGAAGUAGCCCAUGGAGACGCGCCAGAGAUCGGGAAGCCACCGGUGACUUCCAAAAGUAAUGUAAUCGCACACCAGCGUGCCUCUUUCGAUAGUAAGGUGGAUAGCUUGUGGUACCAUGCUCUUGCGACGUAUGGCGUGACAGCAUACCCACCAUAUCGUGUAGGUAGAGCAACCUUUGACUACCACGCGGGUCAGGUGUUCGAUCUGGCGCGUGAUCUUGUGGACGACCCGAGGCUGAGACAUCGGAUCAUGUUCCCUCUGCUUGUAUCAGGCUCUUGCACGGACGACCCAAAGCGGCGAGACUUCUUUCAGUGGUACUGCGAGUCGUCUUUUGAAGAGACUCGAUUUGGGUACUUCAAUCUUGGAUUGACAAUUGCGAAAAACGUUGAACAAUUAAGGAGUGACGAGAGAUCGAGUAGGAAGAAUUAUGCUGGCGCCGCGUACUCAUGUUGGCGGAACCUGACGGCAACGGAGGAUGCUGAACAUGCUAUGCUAGGUUAG